ACUACAACAGCUGCUGCAGAUUUGUAUUAAUUCUACAUUCUACAUAUCGGCAAACUGUUACGGAAACUUAAAUCGGGACUCUUGUGGACCGGGGUGUUUCUCUCCAGACACAAUGUUUGAAGUAAUGUUGUUGCAAGUGACAACAACUUCUUUAAUUUCAGUUCCUCUCUGAGUGUUUUGUUUGCUGCGCACCGCUGACUUCAGACCAUGGAAUACCCCAGUUUAAGCUGCCAGGUGUGCCUUGCUGAGUUUAAGAGUUUUUUUGAUUUAACAAAACAUUUGCGCUCCACGGAUCAUCACCAGAAAAUGGAAGAAGUCUUCCAGAAAAAUGUGUUCAAGUGUUAUGCCAACAUUCCCACCAUUGUUGUUGUGAGUCCAGGAUUCAAAUAUACAACCAAGCAAUCCAUCAUAGGCCUGUCUAUGCUGACUGUGUGCUUCAGUCCAGAGUCGUCAACCUUCUUUUACCUUUGCCAUAUCUGUGAGGAAAAGUGUCCUUCAGACAGGAUAUUAAACCACCUCUCCUCUGGUGACCACAGCCUCAACUACUUUAACUAUGCUGACCCAAAUGGGCUGAGUUUCAGCUGGAUGCCCAGCAAGAAUAUGAAUCUCACUCUUAGCCAUCGGAUCAAGAAUGCACUUGCUAGCAGAGGGCCUGAACAGCUACAGUUUUUGGAUUUGCCUGAAAAGCUGUUAGAACAGUGUAAAACAAGUACCUACUCUGAAGUGAUGCACUUUUUCAGUGAAAAUGAAAAGCUUCUCAAGCUGCUCGAAGCUGGCAGGCCAAAGAGGAAGAUGAUACAAACUUACCAAAAAGAUGGCAACAGAAAGCAUCCACUUCUCGGCAUGCAGCACCUUGUUGAAUGCAUUUGUGUUGGAAAGACUGGGAGGAGACACUUCCUCUGCACGCUCUGCAACCUAACUUUGGCUGCCUCCAUGAUCAUCAAACAUGUCCUGAGCUUUGACCACGUCUUCUGUUACUUUAAAGCAUGGCACCCCUCCACUUUGCUGUCAAAGGAAUGCUACACUAUUAACAACAACUCCUUUGCCUCAGCGAUGCUUGAGUUUGCAAAGCAGACACUGGAAAUUCAUGGAACUGAAAAUGCUGAUAUGAAGCAAGUGAAUCUGGAGCCUGAUGUAUUCACAUCAGUAAACUUCUCCUGUUAUGCAGAAGCUUUGAAGAAACUGGAAGCCAUCACAAAGGAAAACAUGGAAGGCAGCUUGGUUACCAGCAUCACACCGGGGAAGAAGCUCGAGCGCACUCCUGUAUCAUCAUCAUCAUCAUCAUCAUCAUCAUCAUCGUACAGACUGCGUUGUCAGGACUGCAACAUGAUCUUUAUGAAUACCUAUCAGUAUUUCCAGCACGUGUUUCAGGGGGAACACCAACAGGCGUUGAAGAGAUUAUUUGGCAAAGCGAACGAAGAAGAUGGUUUCAACCAAACAGAGUGUGUAGCUUGCGAACCCUAUCUGGGCUUAUACGAUCACCUCAAAAAGAGAUCAAGGGAAGGACGGCCAGUUGUCGGCGUGUCCCUGGUUGUGACUUGUCUCAGCACUCAGGAUCAGUCUAAAUCUAUUUAUGUGUGCUUUGCUUGUGAGGCCAGUUUCCCUGAGUCAUGUCUCAUAAAACACAUGGACUCUCGAAGACAUCUCAUACACACAAUGUUGUACCAGAAUCCCUGGCAGCUGCCAUUUGGCUGGAAGGACCAUCUGGAUGUGGCAGCCAUGAGAUCAGUGGCGAGCGAGGAGGAGAGUAGAAAAGGAGUCAGUCCCUUGAUGGUGAAGAUACUUGAUGUCCCUAUCUGGAUGUUGAAUGACCUCAGCCCACCUAGUUACCGCAAAGUGAUGGAGAGACUUGAACUACACUACGCUUCCUUAAAGCGCCAAGUUCCACCAUGUGAAACGUACAGCAAACUCCAAGAGAAUGACAGAUUUCCUCUGCUGGGUAAGCAGUUUCUGGUCAGGCAUGAGGUGCGUUUCAGCCAUCAUCGUCCCACAGAAAUGGCAUUUCUGUGUUUGCUCUGUGCUAAGAGGCUGUCCGGAGAUGAAUGUGAUGCACAUGUGUUCAGUUGGGAACAUGUUGUAACAUUUCUGAAACUUUUCCACCCAGGCUCGCUGAAAGCCGACACUGUGAAUGUAGAGACAUUACUGGACUUGGCAAAACAGGCAGCACGUAUUCACGGGAUAUCACAUGUACAGGUAAUAAAGUUGGACAAGCCCAUCUGGGAGCCCUGCUCCUACCAUACAGCAACAAACAUCCUGGCAUGUGCAAAAAAGAGAGAGGGCAAAGGAAAGCUUAAACCUCCAAUUACUAACAAGAAGAAGUUGGUCCCCAGAGAAACUCUGAAUGAGGUGGGCAAGAUCCCUGUGGGAGAGAACAAUCCGAAAAACAGCAUUAUAAAGGAGGCAUCUGAGACAAAGACCAAUAAAAAGUCAACAGACAGUAGUGAGACUGGGAAAAAUAUUGAAGCAGAAGUUGAUGAUGAAAUCAGCAAUAAUAGCAGCAAUGAAAGUGGAGAAAAAGCAGUAGCUGCAAAGGAAACUCUUCCACAGAGUGAAAAAGAAUCAGAGAAGGGAAAAGAGCAGUUUUCAAAAACCAGUUCAGACGAGAUGAAGAAUGAAGUCAGUGAGAAAUGCCAAAAGAUAAAAAAGGAGAUGGAGGAGCCUAUAAAACCGACAACAAGAAAACCAAGUGAGGAGACUCGAGAAAACUGUCAGAACACUAGCCAAGGUGAUGCAGCAGAGACGGAAAAAGAAGGCACCACAAGCAAAGAUGCCUUGAAGAAUUGCAUGUACCAAGCUAAUGAAAGAAAGAGGCCAAGAAACACGACUGUAAAACCACAGGACACAGGUUCUGAUGAACAUGUGGACAGAGAAAUGGGUAAAAAAAGACAGCGACUCACCUCCAAAGAAGAUGCUUCUUGUGAUGAAUCCCAAAUAACGGCAGGUUGUGGACAAAGGGAGGCAAUCACAGCAGUUAAAGAAGAAAGUUGUAAAUCGAGUCAGAUUGAUGAAGUUACUUCUGAUGAGAAACAACCAGGAAUGAAGUUGUGGCAGUACAUCAAGCAAAAGAGCCGAGAGACUGUGAUUGGCUUGGGUGCACUUUUUGAAUGCAAUGGUGAUCAGCGCGACCCCAUCUACCUCUGUGAGUGCUGCUCUCUGAAGAUCCCAGAGAAGGAUAUCAUCUGCCAUGUUACUGGAUUUGAUCACCAGAAGAUGUAUCUGGUGGGGUUACAGAAAGUCUCGCCUCCACAAGGAGAUCACUGGAGGGAGGAGAUAAGGCAUUUGGCUGCUUUGUUUGAAAAAGAUGAAGGAUUUGGAGAGGCUCAGGUUAUUGAUCUGGAUGAAGAGAAUUACAACAUCAUCUCAAAACAAAACUUUCAGGCAGCCAGUCAGACUGUGAGGGGUCUUGUGGCUCAGCCGGACAGUGGGCGAGAAAUCGCUUCAACCUCAACUCUGUCGGAUGUUGAGCCUGUAGGCACUUCCACCCUCAAUGCUCAACAUGAGUUCUGCUUUGGGAUGGACAACCACGAGGAGGUGGCGAUGGAGACUGAUAAUUCACAAGACCUUGAGGCACAGCCAUCAUCAGUAUGUGUAAUGACUGAAAACACCUCCAAAACAAAGGAACUCCCCCACGACUCAAAUGAAGUUGAUGUUAAAAUGACCUGUAUCAAAGUGCCUGAGUCUGCUGACAACACAAACAGCUGUCCGACUGCAUCCAGAAGUAGAAAAGACACAAAAAGACACCUACACCUGUCCAAAAGUGGGACAAACACACACAGUGUGUGCAUCCAGAUUCCACAGAAACCCACUCCAAAGCUGAAAUCACUCCAAGGACAACUAUGGGAUGAUUAAACAAUCAAGUUCCCUUUUAGCAGAUACAACAUUAUUAAUUGUCAAUAAUUGUAAUCCAAAUUUUACUCCACAUAUUCUAAAUCUAAUAAUACCAGACAGUCAGAUUAACAACACAUGUUUAAAAGUUGUAUUUGAUUGUGUAAC